CUCAGAGAGUGAGUCCGACCUCGACGUGAUGGAGGCUCGUGGGCCAGGGCAAGCGACGCCGUUUGUGCGCGAGGAGGCGCCGACGGCACCCGGCAACGGGAUUCCGGGGGACGGAGGCAGCGUUCCCCGGUCACCCCCUUUGGGAAGGGGCGCUUUCGGCGGAGGCAGUGACAGCCCCACCGACAGCAGCAGCAGCAGCAGCAGUGACGCCGGCGAUGCCGGCGGCCCGGGCGGCGAAGAGUCCGGCGACCCAGGUGGGGACGGCGGUAGCGAUGGUGAUCCCGGCGACUCCGAGAACCUCGAGGAGUUGAAGCGCGAGAUGCAGGAGGUGUUGGGCCCGGAACAGCAGGCGUUCGGGGCCGAGGUCGACGCCAGCGGGUCUUCGCAACCACUCCCAGACCCACAGCUAAGUAUGACCUCGCCAAUCGGGCAGAAGCCGAGUGAUGUGGAAGCAGUACCGAUGACGUACAAGGAUAUGAUGUGUUCCAAGUACAAGGUUUUCUGGGAGGCGGCCAUGAAGAAAGAGAUAGAUGGCCACGACAAGACUGGAACCUUUACCAAGGUCAAGGAGCUGCCCGAGGGGCGGAAGGCCAUAGGUUCAAAGUGGGUGUUAUCUUGGAAGACGAAUGAGAACGGUCUGACAGUCGACUUCAAGGCCCGUAUGGUUGCGCGGGGUUUCUCUCAAAUCCCCGGCAUCGACUUCCACCACUCAUCCUUAGCGUGCCCGUCUGCAGCGUCUAUCAAGACGGUGAUUGCCGUAGCCACUGAAAAGGGCAAGAAACUCGCUCAAUGGGAUGUGAAGCAAGCGUACAUCCACGCUAAGCUAAAAGAAGAAAUAUACCUCAGGUUCCCGGAAGGCUGUGGUAGCAUGUCCGGCAAGGUGGUCAAGGUUGAGCGUGCCCUGUAUGGCCUAAAGCAGAGUGGCCGUGAGUGGUGGUUUGAAGCUGCCGAUGCCCUCAUCGAGAAUGGAUACGAGCAGUGCAGGGUUGACCCGUGUGUCUUCCGGAAGGUGGUGGAUGGAGAGGUCGUAGGUCUCAUCGUGAUCUACGUUGAUGACAUCUUAGUGGCGGCAGACGAGGGAGAGCGAGAGGAGUUGUUCGCUUCCCUCAACAAGAAGUUUCCGGUGAAAGAUCUGGGGGAGUGUACCUGGUACGACGGGUGUGCUAUCGCCAUGGAUCUGUCCCAGACAGCAUACAUUGAGAGUAUGCUGAAGCGGUUUGAUGUGACCACGAACGCUUUCACCCCUGCUGCCACCGAUGCCGACCUAGGGCCGAAGAGAGAUGACGAGCCCGCGGUGGAUAAGCCUGUGAGGGAGGCGAUCGGAUGCCUGAUGUGGACGAAGCUGACGAGGCCAGACAUCGCCCUGCCUCUGAACAAGCUCCAGAAGAUCGCCCACUCACCCACCGGGAGGAUAUGGAACGCGCUUGUGCGGAUCAUGUCCUACCUGAACUUCACGAAGGACUUCGGCAUCACCUACGUACGGGGGUCAGGACUAGACCUAAGCGUGUUUGUCGAUGCCAGCUACGCUGACAACGAAGUAGACAGGCGUUCUACGACCGGGUUAGCUGUGACCGACGCGUUGUUUGGGCGUGGCGUUCUGUCGUUCAUAGCGCCCGAGACGAGUGGGGCGAAGGUCAAGUCCUUGAGGACAACAAGGGGGCUCUCGCCUUAAUCGAGAACCCGUUCAGCUCAG